ACAAAAAUCAAGCUUUCUUUAUUUUCAUUUAUGGAUAACCAAUCCAUUUUCAAAUAUAGUUGGGAGAUUUUACCCAAGAAAUGGGUACAUAAAAUGAAAAGAUCGGAACAUGGGAAUAGAUCUUAUACCAAUACUGACUACCCAUUUCCAUUGUUGUGCUUUCUAAAAUGGCAUACCUAUACAAGGGUUCAAGUUUCGAUCGAUAUUUGCGGAGUGGAUCAUCCCUCUCGAAAACGCAGAUUUGAAGUUGUCCAUAAUUUACUGAGUACUCGGUAUAACUCACGCAUUCGUGUACAAACAAGUGCGGACGAAGUAACACGAAUAUCUCCGGUAGUCAGUCCAUUUCCAUCAGCCGGCCGGUGGGAGCGAGAAGUAUGGGAUAUGUCUGGUGUUUCUUCCAUCAAUCAUCCGGAUUUACGCCGUAUAUCAACUGAUUAUGGUUUCGAGGGUCAUCCAUUACGAAAAGACUUUCCUCUGAGUGGAUAUGUGGAAGUACGCUAUGAUGAUCCAGAGAAACGUGUGGUUUCUGAACCCAUUGAGAUGACCCAAGAAUUUCGCUAUUUUGAUUUUGCUAGUCCUUGGGAACAGCGUAGCGACGGAUAAUUCCGAAUCUACAUAGGUCUAGUCCAGGGGAGGGGACAAAUCAAUAGGAAAUGCUAUUUGCUUCUUAAUCUUAAGACUUAAGAUAAGAAGAAGAACUUUUUAAAAAUGAAAGAGUCGGAUAUCAUAUCAUUUCUUCAAAUAAGGAAGAAGAAGUGUUAUCGAAGGAUUUCCUUCCAUUCUUCCUAGUAUGGAAGAAGUCAAGAAAAAGUACUGCGUCUCGAUCUAUACGAAAGGGCACAGGUUUUUUCUUUUGGUUUCAUUGAUAGCAGAAGAGUACGCUAGCUAGCGGAGCCUGAAAACGCUUGCUUGCGCCCCACCCCUACGCUACGGAAACUAUUGCCUAUGCUUGCUGCUCGCUCAGUGUCAGUAGAAGGGAAGAAAAGAUGGUCACUCCUUUUAGGAACAUGGCGAGCCUUACUUACGACUGUUGCACUUCACUCGCAGCUCGUUCAUUCACUUGCUCAUGAACUCGCAGCUUCGCCAGAAGCGACUAGUCGCCUCCUUUCCUCCGCCGAAAGAUGCUUAGCUUAGCCAGACGAAGGAGGGGAGCUGGGGAAGGCCGACGAUGGCAAUGAGGGGGAAGCUGUCGUAGAAGCUUUGCCCCUUGCUUUACAUAAAUUGUUAUGAACUUACUAAAUGACCUUAUUUAUUCUCCCGGAACGCUAGCAAAUCUAAUAGUUCCAUCUGCUCUUCUUAACUUAACUUAAGAAUAAGAACGAAGGCCGCCAUCCUUCUUAUUCAGGAACCCUUUGUUUGAGGAGGGCGUAUCCCAGGGAAGGGGAGAGUGGCCGAGCGGUCAAAAGCGACAGACUGUAAAUCUGUUGAAGGUUUUCUACGUAGGUUCGAAUCCUGCCUCUCCCACUUGUUGUAGACUUAAGAGAAGAGAAAGUAGGCGGAAGCCUAGGAGGGCCAACCGAGCGAAGCUCUUUCUUUUUUUGGCCGUGCCGUGAAGUGCAAUUUUAUCGUAUGCGUUUUAGAGAGGUUGUCGAAAAAGACGAUCUAUAGAGAUUCCCCAUCUAUAUCCAAUCGAGAAUAGAAGCGAGUCCAGUUAGUACGGACUUGGGGAAGAGUGGUGGAGCAACUAUUGGUUGGUCGGAGAGGGCGAAGAAAACAUGACUCUGGUGGGCGUAAAAGAGCAAAACCUUAACGAUGUGUGAGCGUUAGCGAGUCUGUCCUUUCUUUCUAUCUAGCUGGUACCAACAAAACAAGUCUGUUCUAGCUUUCUCGUGGACAAGAUGGCAAAAAUUCAUCUUUCCUUUGAUUUCUUGGUGGUACAGACGGCCGAGCUCCUGCGAGGGGUAGGGUAGAUGAGUACCGAGCGGAAGAAGAAACCGGAUUGAUUGAGAAAGCAGACCGUCCAGAAGCAAGGUUAGGAUACCGUCCACCCGAAGAGUACGGGGAUGGAGGGAGGAAAGUGGGAAUAAACCGUCUGUCAGGUAGGACUGGUGGUAGAGAGGGUAUAGAUGGUAGAUCAACUCUGUUUAUGGUGGGGGAAAAGAAACUCUUCUGAUCGGACAGGAGUCGAAUUAGCCCUCUUUCUAUCGCUACGCCCGUUUUGUGCCGUCUAUUUUCUUUGGUAACUCAAUUUAAUUUCUUUUCAGAAACCUAAUAAGCCAUGCCUGCAACUAGUUAUUAAGCAAGGGUAGUCAACUCCACUCUUUUCGCCAGAAGUCUUAUUUUUAAGAUGGAAAAGAAGGACAGAUAUAUCUUGACUAGUACAUCCGCCUUGCCAUCCAAAUCAUUAAUCUAUUUAUUUUAUUAGUAUUCUGCGUGGAUAUCCCGACCUUGUUAAGGAUAGAGGUAGGGGUAGGUGUUGGGCAUGCGGAGACUUAAGACCUUCGUAGGCAAUCAGGUAUGGCUUUGGUUAAGUGAAUUUACGACUCCAUCUUCACCAGUAGCCAAGGUAGGCAUAAUACGCGUGAGCUCUUUCAAGUCUUUCGUGCGGGUAUACGUUGAGCUAGUCCUCGUACUCCUUUUCUUAGCUCUUUUAGAAAGAAUCUUAUUUUUCAUCGUGUCAGGUCCUGGAUGUAGACUCGGCUAUGGUAGGAUCGACCUAAUUGUGAUCAUUCUCCGCUUCGUUCGCUGAUCUCUUGCUAUUGCUUUUUCUCUCUAGCCUUGUCAGGCUGGGCCUAGGGUUUCCAUUCCUAAGGCUUUUUCUGUUUCAAAGUCCGACUGCUAGAAUUCUUAUAAUGAAAGUCUUCCUAGCACGGACUAUGGCUGCUUAUUAAUUAAGUAAGGGAAAACAUCUUACCAUAGGAUCGAUCAUAAGGCCUAGGUCUUUCUUCAAAGAUAAGUACUGACCUUUCCUACUGUGUCAAAGCACUUUUGCUAAGCCUCACGCUUAAGCAAGUAUUUCAUCUGCAUAAAGGAGGAAGUAACUUACCCUUGAACAAUCGCCUGCUCUAGCAUAUUGGAAAAGGCGUGCAUAGGUUGACUAGUCUAAAAAGAGAGGCUUCCUUAUAAGGGCAUUGUCGCUCGCUCGGAUUCAUUUUCCAGGUCCUACAUGUUCUAGGACUAUAGAUGAUCCAACAUGCCUAUAGUUUUCAUUAUUGUUUUAUGCUUUAGCCUCCUUUUAUAAGCACUUACUUGGCCCAUGCGAGUCGAUUUCAAGAUGUCAACUUUGACUAUCUUUCUCUUCUUACUUUACUUAUCCCUUACAUUACUUUACCUAGUAACUUUGAAAUAGGCAUAUCUUGUCUACCUUCCAUAUACCCUAGCAUUUCUACUAGUUGUUUUCUUGCAUAUAUCCAACCUGAAAUACCAUUGCUUCUUGUAGGUUUUUACUUCUACUUUCUUGACUAUAAUUACCUAUACUUGCCAUCCCGUCUUUCUAUUCCUUUUGAAAGUAAACUUGUGACCCUUCGAAGCUAUGAAAAGACCUAUUAUGUAUAGAGCUUGACAUGCCAACUACUAUAGCUAUAGUAAGUACUUCUAGCUAUUCCUACUUGUUUUUUUCCUACUUGACUAGUGCUGACUUACUUCUUUGCCUAUGAGAAUUCUUAUUAUUCUCCAAACUGUGGUAUCUGAAAUGACCCACUUUCCUGAGCAAAAGAAAGCUUACUACAGCACGGUCUUACGUCCAGGAAUGGAACAUUCCAUCUCUUCUUGUCCACUGGUAUAGAAAGAAUAUGCAUUUUCUUGAUGUUUCAAACUAGGACUUUGGAUUUCUCCUAUAUUAAGUUGUUGGGUACGAAGGAGCUUAUGUUGCGUAUAUAGAUAUUUCCUUAUUAUUAAGUUGUUGAGCAGGAAGCAGAAGAACUUUUCUUCUAUAUUCGAUUCGCUAUUUGGCACAAGGCGAGGAGGAAAGAAUAGAAGAAGCAUCUGACUCUUUCAUGCAUACUCCACCUGGAUGAUAUAGAUCAUACUAUUAGGUAGUCUCCGAAUCAGUGAUCUGUCUUUGAUGACAUCUAUCUGGUACCACGCAUGAAGCUUGCUUCGUUCUGGUUUUUUCUGGUGUGUGAAACAUUAUAGGAUGGGGCGAGCCCCAGAAAGAAAUCCUGGGCAGUGGUUUACUUGAUUUUCUAAGAACUAAGACUGGCGAAGGGAAAGGAUGGUAAAGAUAUUGAAGUACUCACCAAAAACUAGGAUGAACCGACAGCUUCGAAAAAAGAAGAAGAUUAACUUCCCCUACUACUUACUACUCGACGAUUCGACCAUUCAUGGUUGGUGUGGCUCCUAUUCCUCGAUAUGCCGGACCUUCUUCUACACUACCACAAGUUCGUAGCUUGCAAACUCCCGAUUUGCCCAUUAUUUAAUCGCGCCUUUGCUUUGAAAAAAGGUGCUUUCACCACAGCACAGACAUGCCAGUAACUGACGAAUUGGAUGCUCCAGCAGUAGUUCCAGUUCCGAAGGGAAAAAAAAAGGGAAAGUCCCGCUUGUCAACCAUGCCUGAGCCCAAAGGAAAAGCAGUACCAAUCCGCUUCAAAGCUUCAGUCCUAGCUAGCCUAUCUUCGACGUCAGAACCAAUUUCUUCAAUUCAAAAGCUUUCUUCAGCUCGCCCUUGUGCUUACGCCAGCCUUUGUUCACUUGUCUCGGGCUUACUUCUAGACUUGGAUGGACUUCGAUCUUCAUCUUUAGUAAUACCUAACGUUGCUAGGGUCUUCCAUGCUUAUAAAGUAUUACUAAAAAGAAUCUUUUUUCCUAGUGUUUAACUUUUUCUCAUUCUAUUUAUACAACCCAUUUUCCUUGAUACUGGAAUCGAGCUACUUCCAUUUUUUUAGGUAAAGAUCAGGCGGGAAAGCUUACACCACCCAUAUUCUUCUUUAUGUGGCUGACCUAUUUGUUCACUUUUCACAAAUCAUGUAGCAAUUUCGAAAGAGAGAUCAGGAUCAGAGCAAAGAAGCUGCGAAAUGAGGGGAGGAGACUCUGCCUCCAUAGUAUAAGUUGCUAUCCACUUAUGCUUGGUUUGUGCUUUACCACGAAAUCUUGCCUCUCACCAUCAUGAAAGACAGAUGAUGAUGUCGAUUUCUUACUGUCGAGACAGCCUGUCCGAAUCCAAAUCAUUCGACUUCCUCCUUUGCAGUGGCGAGGUCGUUGAUUCCUAUAAAUCAAGAUGUUUUGUUGCCUGCUUCUUUUUAUGGGCCUUCUCUCUUGGAUGGUAUUAUCCACUUGGUAUAUUGUGAAAGUCUCUACAAAGACGAAAGGGCCCCAUGCCUUCUUUGAAAACGAUAUCCCUCUUCAACGCUUCCACUAGCCCUAGACUCGGAAUACUCUGCUUAAGAGAUCCCCCUCUCCGGCCAGAGAGGAUUUGAGUACAACAUUGAUUGCGGAAGAUCUUUGUUCCUAUUAUUUUUAAGCCUAACUAGGCGCGCAGCGGUGAGUGCGAGCUGCUUUCCAGAAAUGCUGGAAAAGAGCCAGUAACGCUAUCAGUGAAUAGAGCUGGUGUAAAGUCCAGCUAAAGUACCAUACAGCCCCACAGGUAAAGAGUAUGAGUGGAGGGAAGUGUUCUGCUCUUACAGGUACUACGGAACUAGUUCCAAAGAACUGCUAGUGAGGAAUGAAAGAGUUUCUAGUGAUAGGUGCUGCUAUGAGUUAGCAUAGCCCCAAAGAAAGUAGUCUGCGAUCCCCUUCGAAGUAAGUGAAAGGGCGGAGCGAGCAAACCGGAUAGCCCCACAGAGUAUCGGCGACGAUUUCCCGCAUACACCGAAUUCAACCGGGAUUCAAUUUGGAGAAGAAUUCAGCAUAGAAGCGACUUUGAUCUUCGACGACCGAGGCCGUUGGAAGUGCAUGAAAUAAGAGAAGCGAGCAAGUAUUGUGAAUAUAAAGAAAGUCCGGGUCACACCCAACCCAAAUAGAGUGCUUGCAACUCAAAGAUGAGCUCGAAAGAAGAGCCCGGCUGGGGAAGUUAUAUCAGUUCAUAAAAAAGUAUGUGAAUGGCAAGGGAACAGGAAGGCUGGAUGAAAGAGGCCUGAAGGACCCCCGCAGUGGAAAUAGGGACCCCGGGACAAGGUAGGCCGAAUAAUAAGGUAAGGGAAGGAAAGGAGACGAACAAUAUCCAUAGAGCCCCCCUAUAAUUCACGUAAUCGCUGGGGGAUAGCGUCGGGAGGGGACACGAACAAAGGACGGCGACAGUAUAGCACCAAAAUGAAGUUCCCGAUCAUCCUUCAGGUCGACAAGAAAAGGCCAAGGGAAGGUAGCGUGAUCAGCUUUUCGGAUCAAGAUUCUGAGGGCAUACAGCGACCUCAUGAUGAUGCGAUAGUUCUUGUCCUGAAAAUAGGAGGAAACAGAGUCAAACGUGUUUUGGUUGAUACAGGGAGUUCGGCGGAUAUAUUAUACAAACGAGCAUUCGAUCAAAUGAACCUAGAGCUGCGUCAUCUAGGUCAGGUACGAACACCCCUAGUGGGAUUCACUGGAGAUACUCUGCAACCGUUAGGCAAAAUUCCCCUAAGGGUCGAGUUCGGCCCGGUCUUCGGCAAUGAUAGACUUUCUGGUAGUUGACGCUCCUUCGGCGUAUAAUGCGAUUCUGGGACGAGGAACGUUGAAUGCGAUAGGGGCGGUAGUAUCUACAUCCCAUCUGAUGAUGAAAUUGAUCCCAACGGAAGCAGGAGUGGGAGUAGAGUCCGGUCACCAUAAAAUGGCGAGGGAAUGUUAUUUGAUGUCUCUGAAGGGGAAGAAGGGGCAUGUGGCAGCAGUUGAGAAGGAAGAGGUGAUAUAAGAGGAUCCAUGGGACGAACCAAGAGAAGGCGAAAAGGUAAACCGUUAGACCCCCGAAGCCAAGCAGAAGGAAAAGAAAAUGAGUGAGCCGACUGAAGAAGUGGAAAAGUGGGAGCCGGGAAAAUUCCUAAACAUUGAUUGCGGUGCGGGUAGAAGAAGGGAAAGGCAGAUGAGUGUGAGGGAGCCCUUUUCACCAUUAUUAAUGAAUUUUUUUCCAUUAGACCUAGCUCUUGAAAAAGCAAUGGAACAUGCAAAUGGGCAGCAACUCUUCUUUUACGCUAGGUAUGCCGGUGAUCUAGUGUUUAAGGUUUUGGAUUUAGGACCUAGAUGUCAUCGAAUGAAUGCUCGGUAUACUUGCUUUCAGAAGGAAGCUAAUCUGAACACUGAAUCCAGAAGAAAGAAGCUUUUCUAUUUUGAGAGAUGAAUUCAAAGAGAGAAGGUUGUAGAAGGUAAGUAAUCCGAUGCGCGUUCAAAUCCAACAAGAACGUCUAAUGAAAUGACGGAAGAUGCAUAUUAUUCUCUCGUAGCUGGGGCUAAGAACGAUCCUCUUAUCCAACUUUCUGUCUGUCCCAAAACCGAACCUUGGUACUGCUCUACUUCAGCAUUCUACGACUGAAUCCAUUCUGGAAAUGAUGACUUGCCCACAGUAGAAGUUAGUGUCAUUUUCCGCUUUUUAGGUGAAAUUGGCUUUACUAGUCUCCUCUCUGUCUCUUUCCACUUCUGUCUUUCUAGUGCAAAUCUCAUAAGUAGAAAGAAAGCGGUAGUUUGAAGUGAGCCGCGCUCUCUCUUUCGGAAUUCUGCACCUAGGUACCACUCUAGAUUUCUUACUGGCUGACUCAAGUGCUAACUCAUAGUGCAUAGCAUGUUCAUAAGCCUUGUUCACACUAUUAGGGUAGGGUGUUGAGCAGUGACCAUAUACUUCACUUCCUCCUUUAAACCACUUAGAAAAGAGGAAAAGAAAAACUUCUCAGUAAGAUUAGGGUUUUCCAAGAUCAGUCCAGUCCGGCCUUUACUUUUUCAAACUGGCUCAUAUACUCCCUUACAGAUCCAACCUGAUGUCAUUUUCUUAAUUCAUCAACUGGGUUACAGAUUUGGAUGCACAGAAACCUAUUCUUGACCUCACUAAUCAAGGUGUCCCUAUUAGGAUGAGGGUUACUGACCACAUAACUCCUGUACCACUCACUAGUUUACAACAUUGAAAUAAGCGAUUCUUUUUGCAAUGUGUCUCUCAGCGUUUUUUUUUCUCCUUUUUCAUUACCCUCUCAAAAAAGAUCGAAAGGAUUCACUCCGGUGCUGCUUGCUGGUGGAGGUUGACUAUCUCCACUAUGAAUAAGUCUUUCUCGAGUAACUGAGACUCAACGUGUAGGCGUUGGAAGCAGAAAUAGGAGAUGGGUCGUUCCAGCUCGGCAAGAGGAUUCCGGAACAUCCAAGUCCUAGCUAUAACACAGACAGGAAAGUUUUUUUCUUUCAUUGCAAUGUCUGGCAUCGUUUAAAAUAGGCUCGCUACAUAGUUGCAGGCUCGCUCGCUCCAUUCUUACGCUCGCUGGCUGGUGAGGCAGAGUUGGUAUGGCACUGGCUGGCUGCUAAUGGUCACUCAGGAUCUACUAUGCGCGAUACGCCGACGACAUUUUGUUUGGGAUUCCCCGGGCCAAAGAGAUAUACCUGUUCCAUUCCAAGUGAAAGACCAGCAGCUGCGCAUACUAUUGAACGCGUGCGGCAGGUUUCAAUUCCACUUUUCCUGGGCAAACUAGAAAACAAGUACCGAUGUCAGGAGAUGGAAGUCAGGUUGACGAGGCAGUGACGUAGGAUAAGGCUCUUUGGUGAACCAGACUUUGUCUAUCUUAGAGAUCAAAUUGGAUGAUAGAUUUUGCUUUUUUUUUCUUGGGAAUGGUCAAAGCCUUUCACGGUUGAGCAAAAGGUUCGAAAACAGAGAUCAAAGACUCUGUCCUCGCUUCGAUAUUGUUUUCAUAUUGAGGGAUUAGUCUGCCAUCAGUGGUAGACUGGGGAAGAAGGCCGAGUGGAUGCUUUCCAGCAAAAGAAAACAUGACGUAGUCAUCAUGCCUAACAGAGAGAUUCGCCUUGGUUCUGUCUAUCGCUCUAUAGUAUAGGGAAAAUGACUCCGUUCUGUCUCCAUUAGCUAAUCAGGCUUGCAUAGGAAGGGGAAGGAAGAGAUUUUCUUGCUUCAAUCUCACGUCCUUUAUAUAUGCUAACCUACCCUAUUCCCUGCAUACUGAUGACUCGCGUUGGCUAACAGCACGUCUUUCAGCAGCUCACUAAAGGAUGGGCUAUUCAUCUCAGUCCUCAUGCUUCCGUCUUCAUAUCCCGCCAGAAAAGAAGAAAGGCGAGUCUUUGCUUUGGCAAAAAGAGAAGGAGCUCUUCUUGCCCAUAUGGGAGUGGAAGCUUCAGUGUAAGCGGAAGCUAGACUAGAAGAGAGAUUCAUCCUAGGCUUUGCUUGGCCCUACUCUAGUUUUGGUGCAGCUAACUAAUCUUUGGGUCGAAUUUCGUGACUUGAUGAAGAGGAAGCCGAGUAUCUUUGGUCUUGAAGAGUCAGGCCAAUCCAACCGCUUGCUCCUGCCCAACUCAGUCUCAGUCGUACCAUAAUGCGCCUGGACUCAACACUUUUCUUGCUCCAAGACCACCCUCUAGCCCUCAUGUCAAAUAGAUGACAGAAUUGUAAACAAUCUUAGAAUGAUUUAAGCUGAGGAACAUAGAGGUCUCUCCCACCAUUUUUGUCAUAUACCUCUGGAAUAGUGUUGAAAUCACACGCCACUAAGCAGGAGCCUAAACCAAGUGGUUUAUCUUAGCGUGCUAGCCGCUGCUUCAUUUCGUAUAGCGAUAACGCUUUCUCUUUCUUAGCGCUCCACCCCGCGGGGAACUCUGGUUGCGCUUUGGUUGGCUUUCUCUUUUUUUCUAUUUUCUCUGACUUGACUCAGCUUGACCUACUUGACUCAGCGGUUAGAGUAUCGCUUUCAUACGGCGAGAGUCAUUGGUUCAAAUCCAAUAGUAGGUAAAACCGGCCGAAACCCCCGCUUUUGCCAGCAUGACAGCAAGCACAGACUGGCAUCAAGGAGUCGAAUGACCAAAGCAUCGGUUGCUUCCACGAGACUAAACAAUCAAUGACCAAUAAAAGACCAACGAAACGACGAGUGAGAAAGAUAAAGAACGCGACGUGGUUCAUUGAAGUAGAGGUUUGAUCGAGGAUUGGAGAGGAGAGGUGGAAUAAAAAGCUCGGGAUGGAUUUUUGAGUCUUUGUGCGAGCCGUAUGCGGUGAGAGUCGCACGUACGGUAAGGAGGGGGGUUCGCGUCUAUACGUGUAGUGUGGUGGUUGGGCCUACCCACCCUAUUUGUUCCAUGAUCUAUGGGUCUACUGGAGCUACCCACUUCGAUCAAUUAGCCAAGAUUUUGACCGGAUACGAAAUCACUGGUGCUCGAUCUAGUGGUAUUUUUAUGGGGAUUCUUUUUAUCGCUGUAGGAUCCCUAUUCAAGAUUACUGCAGUUCCUUUUCGGGCGGCUGUAGGACGGACGGCCCCCUAUAGGUAGUAGGGUAGGAUGGGUGGUACCGCUCAGAUAGCGGCCAAUCCUCCUAACUGCGCGCGGGCCGGGCUUAGAGCGCGUGAAACUCAUCACUACCUCGUAAGGGCGUUGAGACCAUAGCAUGUUACACAAAAGCGCCGCUUUCUCUGGAGUGUUGUCACACAGCUGCCCGACUAGAAGAGCUACUCGCUCUGUAGUGUUGUCACACAAGAUAAGCACGCCGCCCGCCUGCUGGCCGGGCGAAUCGAAGUUAUCUUCCGGUCAACUGUCCGCCCAGUCAAGUGCAAAAAACACAGUGGAAUCACGCAACGCACGCAGCUGGUGUGCUUCCUGCCCACGAGGAAAGAAGAGCGGCAAGGUUCAGAUUUGACUGUUUGCAGCAUGGGAGCUGAUUACCCAAAAAAUCCCUGGGAAAAAAGAAAAGAUAUCUCGGUAACGAAAACCAUAGGAGGCUGUAUUGGCGAGAUCCAAGGGUUCACAGCAGCCCAAAAGAAAAACCGCCUGGAAGUCCGAGGACCUUUAGUACCGUACCGAACCAGCAGCCUUCGCGCCAAGCGACGACCGCCCUUGUCCCUUUCCUUUUUCCAUUCAGCCUACUUCUUAGCUUUGUUCCGUCAGUCUAAGGCAAAGUCCGUGACGAAGAUCUUUCUAUCAAUAGAUAGGAAUGAGUGUUCGUUAUAGGGGAUAGGAUCCAUCUGCUCUCUCUCUCUAUUUUCUUUGAUGCAAUUUAGAGAGAAAGAGCAGUGCGAACUAAAAAAAAAAGAGAAUCGGGAGAUUAAAAGAUACAUAGACAUAUACAGUAAAGGGAUGUAUAUAUUAUUCCUAUAUAUAUCAUCUAUCUAUGAAAAAAGUAAACAGAGUUCGUUUUUGGGUUCCCCGAAUGGAUUGGAUCGUUUCUGCUUCUGCCAACGAAAUGAAGGCCUAGCCCCUUCCGAAUGCUUCUCCGAUCCUGAACGCGAAGAGAAUAAGAUGCAGCUCCCCCUCCCUCUGUCUUUUUCCGCUUUGCUAAUCUUCCCCUCUAACGCGGGCCGGGCUUAGGCGGGCGCGGGAGGAAGAAAGAAAGUCGAAGAGCGUCUUCUCCUUUGUCCUUUUUUCAGUGCAACACAGGAAAGCACCCUCUUUUUGUAAUCUCUGCUGCUUCCCAGAGGCUUUUUUUUGUAUUGAACGCAUGGCGUAGCUAGGACCCCCCCAAUCAUGUUUGAGCCUAUGUUCACCCGGGGCUCAAAAAGGAGAAUUCCGGAAUGCCUGCCGACGUUCAGAUAAGGUGCAUAUCCCUUACCACUAAAGGAAAGGCUCGACGAAGGGGGGGAAGGGUAAGGAAAACGCUUUCGGAGAUUGAUUUGUUUUUCAUCGAAAAGGAAGAAGGCCGAGGGGAUAGCAGCCUUCCUUCGGGCUUUGCCUGCCGACGUUCUAAUAAAGAAUUCCGGCUCGGCCCGGGAAAGCGCUGGCAACAACAUAAAGAAAGGGGUCCAUGUAGCUGCUGCGCCCGCCCACUGAGCAGCAGGUUCGGCAUCUACUACAAUACAAAAGAAAAGAAAAGAACUUAACAAAGUGGAAUGUCCGACUACACCCAAAGAAAAGAGAGAAUCCACUUCAGAUAACCACGUCUCUGCUAGGCAGCGUGUGGAAUGGCCGAGAGCGGACCAAAUGGAUAUAUAAUCCAAGCCGAGAGUGGAGUUACGUGAACAGCCGUCUGAUGGAAAACAACUUUCACGUUCGGUUCAGAGAGCACUUUUUUCGUUGAGAAUAAGUCCUUCCCUUUUGUGUGAAUUCCCCAGCGGCGAAUUAACCAACUUGUGGGGCCCUAUCUAUUCAAUCUCUCGAGCCCCAAGAAAACCCCCCUCUCCCUCGGACUCAAUCUCUCUUUUGACUCUAUAUAUGUGGGCACCUGAUAUCUAUGAGGGUUCACCCACCCCGGUGACAGCAUUCCUUUCUAUUGCGCCUAAAAUCUCUAUUUCUGCAAAUAUGUCACGUGUUUCUAUUGUUGCUUCCUAUGGGGGUACAUUACAACAAAUCUUCUUUUUCUGCAGCAUUGCUUCUAUGAUCUUAGGAGCACUGGCCGCCAUGGCCCAAACGAAAGUAAAAAGACCUCUAGCUCAUAGUUCGAUUGGACAUGUAGGUUAUAUUCGUACUGGUUUCUCAUGUGGAACCAUAGAAGGAAUUCAAUCACUACUAAUUGGUAUAUUUAUUUAUGCAUCAAUGACGAUAGA